AUGAUGGCAUCUUGGGCUCCCAAGGGAUGUGUGGAUGCGAAAGUUAAUGAUGACAGUACGGUGAAUUUCUAUUUUACAAAGGAUUAUCAACUGAUGAAUGUGUAUGAAAAUGCCCCAUAUGAGUAUAGAGGGUGGAUGUUAGCUGUUGAUCUGUGGAAAAAUAGGAGAUUUCCAAGUUUUUUGCAAACAAUUCCCUUUUGGAUUCAUAUUGAGAAGCUGCCUCAGAUGUAUUGUAGAAGUCACAUAAUUGAGAGCUUUGCUUCUAAGUUUGGUCAUGUGGAUGAGGUUCGUAUUAGGGAGCCUGUACUUCAUUUGCAGAGGCCAGCAGAGGUUAAGGUGAGAGUUACAAUGGAUAUUGAUAGCCAAAUAUCAACAGUUCGCACUGUUCAUAUCAUGAAUACACCAGUGGAACUGGAAUUCUCUUUUCAGAAGUUGGUGAAAUUUUGCACCACAUGUGGAAGCUUAAGGCAUGGCUAUGAGAAGUGUCCUCAAGCAUCAACACUUACAGCUACUGCUGGAGCUUUAAUGGAGCUUGGUCACACUCCUUAUCUCACUGAGCAAGAAAGAUCAGCUGCAAUUGAGGGUCUUAAUACUAAACAGGACCUGGGGGAAAGUUCUGGUGUUCAAAAGGAUAUUCCAGAGAUGGUUGAACCUAUUGCAGAUUAUUUACUGGAACAAGGUGUGGGGAAGAGGCCAGCUGUUGAAGUUGAUUUAAUGAUGGACGAUAAGGAUAAAGGAAUGAAGAGAAAGCUUGAUGAAAUGGAGAUUGAAGAGGUUGAUAAUGUUAGGAAGAAGCAUUCUACUGAAAUGGUUAAGGGAGUCAUAAUAAAGGAUGUUAUUGAGAAGGAAAUUGGUCAGUCGGAAGCAGAAGGUAUGAGUGAGAUGGGAAAGAAGGCUACGGAUAUGGGUGAUACGGUGGGAACUAUCUCUGAGUUUCCAGUUCAAGCUAAAGAAAUGGAAGUUGGAUGUUCUGAGGUUGCAAAAGGUAUGGGUCAAGAUAAGACAAAGGCAGAGAUAAGCCCAGAUUAG